AUGUAUAAUGGCCGCGUGGUGAACAUACGUACCCUCUAUCCUGAAUUGUCCGCUAAAAGCUCGAUGAUGAGUGAUUCGCAGCUAGACGAUGCAUUGGGAAAGUAUAUGAGCAAGAAUGCGUACACGGUAAUCUUACGUCUAUGUGACAUCUUGAAAGAUCGCUUUGAUUUUUUCACGUUCCGUAAUGUGCUCAAAUCAAAGGCCGGAGUGGCAAUCAUUCUUAUACCUGACCAAUCCGAUAUUUUGCCUGGGUCACCAGAUGGCUGUACAGAGUCACCGAUGCUUGAUAAAGAUAAUGUGAAGGCGGUAUGUAAAAAUGACAAAAACGGCUUUCACCAGUCCACUCUUAACGCAUUUCAUACCUAUUUGUUAGGAUGGCGUUCAAAAGCCGUGGUAGUUGUUGUCGAGGAAAAUGAACAAUCUUUGAAAGUUAUGCGAACCUAUGGAUCGGAUUCACCAUUAUUCGGAUCAACGGAUAGGUAUCGUAUAUCGUCUAUUUCGAAUAAGAUGAUUGGUGGUUACAAGUCAAUUAACGUGUUUGGUACACUGAAGAGUGCCAAGGACGAAGCCGAUCCCGAGGAAACCACAGAUGGUGAUGAUGAACUAUCAAAAGAUACUGAUAGCAAUCCCCAGUCUAAACGUACAAUAGUUCUGUGCUCCCAUUUUGAUACUUUCUCACUCUUGCAGGGCUACCGAACAUCCGGAACAAACAACAGCGGUUUAAUAGCACUUUUGGAGUUGGCACGGUUACUCGAAGGUGUGGAGCACAACGAAUAUGAUAUUGUCAUACUGAUGACCAGUGGUGCCAUUAUUAAUUUCCAAGGUGCAGUUGCAUUCGCAAACACAUAUAAGAAAAUCGACAAUGUGGAUCUAGUUAUAUGUCUCGACGACUUGACAGGAACAGACCUUUACGUCCAUACUUCUAGCAAACCAACUGACGUUUCACACUUGUUCCAGAACAAUAUUUAUCGCAGUGUAAAGGAGAUAUUCAAAAACGGUGUGAAGGCUGAAGCCAAGGUGUUGUUCUUCCAACAUGAACAAUUCACUCGACAAAAGGUACAUUCCAUAACCUUAACCUCAGUAAAGGACUUGAUACCGUUUCCACUCCGCCAGAAAUCGUUUGAAUACGGUUGCAAUCCCUCAGUACUUGCAGACCACAUUGUUGCUAUAUUCAGGGCUUUAACUGCAACAUUGCAUUGUGGCAGGAUCAAAGUGGACAAGUCAGCAAUAGAAUCCCAUAUACGUGAGUGGGAUUCUAUGCUUGCAAACCCACGUUGCGGGUUGACUAGCGACCUUAGUCAACUUGUUAGUGUCCGGAAGAUCGUAAAAUUCUUGCGCCCGUUAGUGAACGACAUCGAGACGCAAAAGGUCUCCCGUAUGAUAGCCGGUUUUGAGGUUUAUUCUAACGCACCAGUGAAACUGUUGUUCUACAGGAGCUGCAGCACACUGUAUCAUGUCUGCAUCCUGCUUGCAUCGGGGCUCUACAUUUUUGUAAUGUGGUCAAUGAUUCGUGAAUCACCGUUUGCAGCAUGGCGUGAUGUCACACGCGCGGUACAUAUGACAAAGGCACGUAAUACGCGAGACAAUAGCGACCACAAAUCAAGUGAACGGCACCAGUCGAAGAACAAGGGUUCUUAA